UAUUCCCCAAGCGGGUGAUAACAAGAGAUGUACAGGUGCAAGAAACACCCUACCCUACUAUACACUAGUAGGUAACUACACAACACAGAAUAUAUUCAUCUAACAAUAGUCAGAACUCAGAAGUACCUAGAGGAUACAACUUCAUUAUACUCGGAAUAUAUUCAUCUAACAAAGAAGCACUCAGUUAUUUAUUGUUUUCUUCUCGUUGUGCACUACUUAGAGGCACCCAAGAGCAACAUUUGCAAUAAGAAUUUCAGUGUUACCCUACAUCUCCAUGGUCAAGCAAAUCUAAUAGUUUGUCAUCAUAUCUUAUUCAAUGUUAUUAUAAAAUAAACCACAAUAGAUGCUCCGGCACACCAAGUCACCCAACAACAAUGCACCACAAUCAAACAUGAAAGCUUUUACGAUUCUUAAAGGCCCAUAGGUGGAAUCAAUUUGGUAGAUGCCACACAAAAUAUAGAAGACUUUGUCUGACUGCUUUCCAUUCGCAGAAAAAAUUUCAUAUGAACAGAAAAGUAGGCAAUUCACAUGUAAUAUUCUACCAUGGUGGUUUGAGCAAUAUCUUUGCCUCCAGGCUUCAGCAUUAAAAAAAAUAUAUGCUUUCUAUAAAUACCCCAGCAUUAUUGUGAACAAUGGAUCACUGAAACAAUUAGCUCCUGGCAUCCUGUGGCAAGGCUAGUGAAGACUUCGGAGCAUAAUAAUGGUUCCAAGCAUACGCGUGAUACUUGGAAUUAUAGGAUGUGCAGUCUGUAUGCUUCUCUAUUCAGCACCAAUAUUGACUUUUAAAAGAGUAAUAAAGGAGGCUAGUGUAGGCGAAUUCUCAUGCAUACCAUAUAUCCUGACUCUGUUCAGCUGCCUCACAUAUAGCUGGUACGGUUUUCCAGUUGUUAGUUCUGGGUGGAAGAACUUGACAGUUUUCCUCAUCAGCUCAAUAGGAGUACUCUUUGAAAUAUCAUUCAUCAGCAUAUACCUAUGGUUUGCACCAAGAGAAAAAAAGAAGCUUGUUAUCCUAAUUGUAUCACUGGUUCUGGCAAUCUUCGGCAUGACCGUAUUAAUCUCAAGCUUUACAAUCCACACCCACCACAUCCGCAACAUAUUUGUUGGAAGUAUUGGUGUGUUGUCUGCCAUGCUGAUGUACAGCUCUCCCCUUGUUGCUGUGAAACAAGUUGUAAGGACGAGAAGUGUUGAGUUCAUGCCUUUCUACUUGUCAUUAUUUUCCUUCUUAACCAGUUUAAUCUGGAUGGUAUAUGGACUCCUAGGGAGGGAUCCCUAUAUCACGUCGCCAAACUGUGUUGGGUGUGCAACAGGCAUCCUUCAAUUGGUUGUCUAUUGUAUUUACAGAAGCAAGGAUAGACCCAAAACACAAAACAAUAUGGAAAAUGAUAUGGAAGUGGCAAUCAGUUGUAAAGAUGCAACAGGACAUAAGCUUUAACAUGGAACAACUAAAUUAUCCUAAGAAACCAUUCAGAGAAGCCAGGAGGUCAGGACAUCCCAUGGUCACUCAUAAGCUGAAUGCAAAUAUGUCAACAAUAAAUCUAGAAGUUGGAACAAAAACUGGAGUCCAUCCAUGUAACUACUGCAAGACAGACAUUGACAAAACAGUUCCAGAGCAUUUCAAAAGCUAGCAAUCAUUGUCUGCCCUUGAGAGUUGAGACAUGUCAUAAGUUCAAAGUUGAUGAUUGACUGACUCCUUGUCUCAAGACUUUUUGUGUCUAUUAAAAUGAGUUGAUCAAAACAAUGUAAUAUCUAUGGCCAGAUUUCUGUCAAAACUCAAGAAAAUAUAGUCUUCAAGUUAA